AUCAGCCAGCCUCAGUGCCUUCCUGAGAACAGGCCAGUAUGCCCAAGAUAGCCCUGAAUGGUGUGACAGUGGACUUCCCCUUCCAGCCGUACAAAUGCCAGGAGGAGUACAUGAGCAAGGUCCUGGAGUGUCUGCAGAAGAAAGUGAAUGGCAUCCUGGAGAGCCCCACAGGCACAGGGAAGACACUGUGCCUCCUCUGCACCACGCUGGCCUGGCGGGAGCACCUCCGUGACACCAUCUCUGCCCGCAAGAUCGCCGAGAGGGCGCAGGGGGGGCUUUUUGUCGAUCACACCUUGUCCUGGGGAGCUGCCACUUCUGAUGGAGACAGCACAGCCUGCUACUCGGACGUCCCAAAGAUCAUUUAUGCCUCCAGGACCCACUCGCAGCUCACUCAGGUCAUCAGCGAGCUUCGGAGCACCUCCUACCGGCCCAGGGUAUGUGUGCUGGGUUCCCGGGAGCAGCUGUGUAUCCACCCUGAGGUGAAGAAGCAGGAGAGUAACCACAUGCAGAUCCACUUGUGCCGGAAAAAGGUGGCCAGUCGUUCCUGUCACUUCUACAACAACGUGGAAGAGAAGAGCCUGGAGCAGGAGCUGACAACCUCCAUCCUGGACAUUGAAGACCUGGUCAAAAGUGGGAACAAGCACAAGCUGUGCCCGUACUACCUGUCUCGGAACCUGAAGCAGCAGGCUGACAUCAUCUUCAUGCCGUACAACUACUUGUUGGACGCCAAGAGCCGCCGGGCGCACAGCAUUGACCUGAAGGGGACGGUUGUGAUUUUCGAUGAAGCUCACAAUGUGCGUGUAUGCUGGUCUCAGGAAAAGAUGUGUGAGGAGUCGGCAUCCUUCGACCUGACCCCCCAUGACGUGGCUUCUGGACUGGACGCCAUAGACCAGGUCUUGGAGGAGCAGACCAAGGUGGCACAGCAGGGCGAGUUCCACCUGGACUUCAGUGCGGACUCUGCCGCCUCAGGGCUGCGCAUGGAGUUGGAAGACCUCGCCAAGCUCAAGGUGAUCCUGCUUCGCCUGGAGGGGGCCAUCGAUGCCGUUGAGCUGCCGGGGGACCAGAGUGGUGUCACCAAGCCAGGGAGCUACAUCUUUGAGCUGUUUGCCGAAGCCCAGAUAACCUUUCAGACCAAAGGCUGCAUCCUCGACUCCCUGGACCAGAUCAUCCAGCACCUGGCAGGACGUACGGGGCCGUUCACCAACACAGCGGGGCUGCAGAAGCUCUCAGACAUCAUCCAGAUUGUGUUCAGUGCAGACCCUGCGGAGGGCGUGUCUAGUUCCGUGAUGGGGUCUGGGGUCUCUCAAUCCUACAAGGUGCACAUCCACCCUGAUGCCGGUCACCAGAGGACAGCUCGGCGAUCAGAUGCCUGGAACGCCACGGCGGCCAGAAAGCAAGGGAAGGUGCUGAGCUACUGGUGCUUCAGCCCCGGCCACAGCAUGCGCGAGCUGGUCCGCCAGGGCGUCCGCACCCUCAUCCUCACCAGCGGCACACUGGCCCCCGUGUCCUCCUUCGCCCUGGAGCUGCAGAUCCCUUUCCCAGUCUGCCUGGAGAACCCACACGUCAUCGACAAGCACCAGAUCUGGGUGGGGAUCGUCCCCAAAGGCCCCGAUGGAGCCCAGCUGAGCUCUGCCUUUGACAAACGGUUUUCUGAUGCAUGCCUGUCCUCCCUCGGCAAGGCGCUAGGCAACAUCGCCCGCGUGGUCCCGCACGGGCUCCUGGUCUUUUUCCCUUCCUACCCCGUCAUGGAGAAAAGCCUGGAGUUCUGGCGGGCCCGUGACUUUGCCAGGAAGCUGGAGUCCCUGAAGCCUCUAUUUGUGGAGCCGAGGAGCAAAGGUGGCUUCUCAGAGGUGGUGGAUGCUUAUUACACUCGAGUCGCCUCCCCCGGGUCCAGCGGGGCUACUUUCCUGGCUGUGUGCCGGGGGAAGGCCAGCGAGGGGCUAGACUUUGCGGACACGAACGGCCGCGGUGUGAUCGUCACGGGCCUGCCGUACCCCCCACGCAUGGACCCCCGGGUGGUCCUCAAGAUGCAGUUCCUGGACGAGUUGAAGGGCCGCAGCGGGCCUGGAGGUCAGCUCCUCUCCGGGCACGAGUGGUACCGGCAGCAGGCGUCCAGGGCUGUGAACCAGGCCAUCGGCCGGGUGAUCCGGCAUCGCCACGACUACGGGGCCAUCUUCCUCUGUGACCACAGGUUCACUCAUGCAGACGCCAGAGCCCAGCUGCCCUCCUGGGUGCGCCCCCACGUCAGGGUGUAUGACAGCUUCGGCCACGUCAUCCGGGACGUGGCCCAGUUCUUCCGUGUCGCCCAGAAAAAUAUGCCGGUGCCGGCCCCCCUACUCGCUGCCCCAAGUCUGGGUGAGGGAGAAGGUGCUGUCACGGUGGCCGUGUCGCCUGGCCCCCUCUCCACCAGGAAAGCCAAGAGUCUGGAUGUGCACGUCCCCAGCCUGAGGCGGAGACCCGCGGGGUCACCGACCAGGGACGCCGAGAGCAGCCUGUGUGUGGAGUACGGGCGGGAGCUGGCCCUCGCUCAGCAGAGGCCUGUGGGGCUGCUGGCAGCCCUGGAACACAGCGAGCAUCUGGCUGGGGGGCCUGGGGACAAGGCCUCCCCUGGGGAGGAGAAGUGUCACAAGGGGCCUGGGGGCUCUGAGGGCGUGGCCAGGACCACAGCGUGUCCCCCCCAGGCAGCGCAUGUCUCCACCCUGUCCCUCCCACGUGAGAAGAGGCCUGCAGAGCAGCAGAAAGGAGGCAGAAGGAAGAUCAGGCUGGUGGGCAGCCGGCAGGAGGGGCCGGCGGCCAGUACACAGGCGGGCAGGGCCAAGCUGUUCAUGGUGGCCGUGAAGCAGGCGCUGAGCCAGGCCAGCUUCGACACGUUCACUAGGGCCCUGCAGGACUACAAGGGCUCUGACGACUUUGAGGCUCUGGUCGCCUGCCUCGGCCCACUCUUUGCUGAGGAUCCCAAGAAGCACGGCCUGCUCCAAGGCUUCUACCAGUUCGUGCGGCCACACCACAAGCAGCAGUUUGAGGAGGUCUGCCUGCAGUGGACAGGCCAUGGCUGCGGCUACCGGCCUGAGCACAGCCUUCCUCAGAGACGGGGCGCUCCGUCAGCCCAGGCCCCCAGGGGAAGGAGGGAGUGUGACCCAAAGCUGACCCUGUCCCAGGAUGCAGCCGGGCAACUGGACCCUGGACAGCACCUGAAUCAAGGCAGGCCUCACCUGGUCUCCGGACCAGCCCCGGCAGGAGACCCCAGCAGCUGUCCAAAAGAGGGUGGAUCUGGAGCCCCCAGGGUGGAGAAGCAAGGCCCGCCUGUAGGGAGCGCCUACUUGGCCGAUGUCCGAAAGGCCCUGGGGUCCGUAGGCUGCAGCCAGCUCCUCGCAGCGCUCACCGCCUACAGACGGGACGGUGACUUCGAGAAGGUGGUGGCCGUGGCGGCCGCACUCACUACCUCAAGGCCCGAGGACUUGCACCUGCUUGAGAGCAAGUGGCCGCGGAGGGGGCGGGGCUGGGGGUGCGCCGGGCCGGGCCGGGCCGGGCGCUGUGGGCGGGGCCUGACCGCUCUCCCCACAGGGUUUGGCGCGUUCCUGAGACCUCGCCACCAGCAGCGCUUCCAGCAGGUGUGCGCCGACCUGAUGGGCCCGGCCGCCCCGACCGCGGGCCCUGAGCCGCCGGGUCCCCAGGACGGGACCCCCACCGUGCCUCCCGACCUCGCCCACGGUGAUUCCAGGCCAGACUCGUGCCUGUGUCUCCAGGCCCCCCAGGACAGGACAAACCGGGGAGGACCCAGAGCAAGAUCUUGGCCUUCCUUAGACCGAGGCAGGCCGGGGAUGCGGGGGCUCCCAGCCAGCCCCCCAGCGCCCCCCGCAGGCACGCGCCCUCCGAGUCCGGCUCGGCGUGCCCCGGCUGCGGGGCGGAGGACACGGUCCCUUUCCAGUGCCCUUCCUGCAACUUCCACCGCUGCCGGGCCUGCUGGCGACGGCUCCUCCAGGCCUCUAGGACUUGCCCGGCCUGCCACGCCCCUGCCAGGAAGCAGAGCAUCACGCAGGUCUUCUGGCCAGAGCCCCAGUGAGGCUGGAGACCCUCGGGCAGGCGGACGCCGCCUCUGUCCCAGACGCAGCUGGGACACUUGUCCCUUCACGGGGUGCGGGCCACGGGCCAGGCCAGUGCCCGUGGGGAUGCCCCUGAAAUGGCAGCAGGAUCGGCGCCUGCCUAUGAGAAGCCCCGAAGUACCCUUAGGGUCUGGGGAGGGUCUGCUAAAAGGUACCUCUUCAGAACUUUCCUUGGCUGCUUGUUUGUGAGUGGAGCUUCAGGCGCUUGGCUGCUGCGGCCUGAGCCCAGGACUGGAAGGUGGGGGAAACGCUCUGCUCCCUCCUCUCCGGGACCUGUGUGUGUGUGUGUGCGCGCGUGUGCGCGCAGUGGACCUGCUUUUAAUCAGGUGACAGGUUCUCUAAUAAAGUUGCAGAUACCGUA